AUGGAGCCAAAGCAGGAAGACACCACGACUGACUUGAGUGCAAGCUUUGCCGGGCUAGCUUCACCUCCUCCUGAGAACGAGAUGUCUAAAAUGGAAGAGAGGGAGGUCGUGCAACAAGGGGCUGACAAUCACCGACUUCAGGAUAGCCUGGAUGCGGUGAUACGUCAGCUUCAAGCGCUUGGUACUGUUAUGGGACGUUCCAAACUAGCGCAAGACCCAAGCACCAACCUAUAUCGGCACCGGAAAGGGAUUCUCAAAGUCGCCAAUUUUCAGUACCCAGAAACACGGAUUGUUGGCUUUAUUGGAAACACUGGCGUUGGAAAAAGCUCCGUCAUCAACUCAAUCCUCGGUGGUAACAGCCUCGCACGAACAGUGAUCCCCCCAAAUGUCUCAAUGGAAGAAUGCGUCGAGUAUCGUGCCGUGGAUGAAGAGCAUCAAAAGCCAUACACGGUCGAAGUCGACUUUAUGGAUCCCAAGGAAAUGAAAGGGUUCCUCGAGGACCAUCUUCAAAGCUACCGGCGUUGGUAUUUUGAGCUCGAGAAGCCCAAAGAGAUGCGCCCAACCGACGAGGACUGGAACACAGCAUACGAUGCGGAUGGCGUCGAAGGCUUCGAGGAUGGAGAUGAAGCUAAGCUCACGCAGUCAGAAAUUGUCAAACUCCAGAAGGCCAAGCAAUCUGCACAGGAGACUUUCAAAGCCCUGUUCAAAGGGGCUGAUGAGCCCAGCCUAGAAGACCUUGUCCGAGAUGGCAACCCUGAGGCAGAAAUCGGAAUCCUCGACGCAUUGUUCGAGAAGGCUAAGAAGGGACUAACCAGUCGUCCAGGUGGUGAAGAGGCCGUUCUAUACACAGAGACUUCACAGGGUCUUGAAGAAUGUAGAGAGCUUCUUGAUCUUCUUACCACCGACUCUCGAGGCGAGACACCCGCGGUUUGGCCUUUUAUCAAGCUGAUUAGAGUGUACCUGGAUGCUCCUAUCUUGAAGACUGGUCUGGUGUUGGCCGACAUGCCUGGCCUACGAGACUUAAACUAUGCAAGACAGGAAGCAACAGAAAGAUAUAUCCAGAAACAAUGCCAUGUCCUCGGGUUCGUGACCAGAAUUUCUCGAUGCCUUGCGGAUGAGACGAUUGAAGAAGUCAAUUGGAAAACCUGGACUGAGAUGCCUCGAAUUGUAAUCGCCACCAGAGCAGACGAGGUCGAAGGCGCCGGAAGUGACAGAAGUGACCCGGAUCAUGACCAAGUCCUGCGAGAUCUUGACGUGCGCAUUAAGCAGGCAAAGGACGAAGCCGCAACAAUUUACUCUCUAAUGCGGAAGGCCCGUGGUUCUGAAAAGGGAGACCUGGCGGAGAAAUGGGACGAAUUGAAGUAUGAGGAAGAGAACCUCGAAUUCAAGAAGAAGAAAGUCCAGGUUGAUUACCGAAACAACAAGACAAUUGCAGGAAUGGCCUCCAUGCCCUCACGUAAAGACAUGACGGUCUUUUGCGUCGGGAAUAACGACUACCUGGCGAACUGCAAGGGCGAAACCGAACAGGAAAAGGCAUACACUGAGUUAAGUGGAAUCCCACAAUUGCGACAAUAUUGCCAGUGUAUUCCCGCAGAGGCUCAGAUGCGCCACGUCUCAAACUUCUGCCAAUUCAUAGUUCCCGGGGCCAUUGCCUCCAUGAGGUUGUGGGCUAAUGGCGCGUUCGAUCGCAACGAAAUGGCAAAGGCCAGAGGCAUCUCUGAAAUGUUGAAAAGGGUGGAAGAUGACUUGGUUUCGGAAUUCAAGUUUAGUAAGUGCGGACUUGUUGGAGCCACUCGUACAGAACUCGAGCGCCUAUUCAAACGUCGUAUUGGCGGCGCAAUUGAUGAAUUCCAGCCCGAGUGGGAAGAUACGUGCACUGAGCUUUGCGAUGGAUGGGUGGAAUUGAUCCAGCCAACAUGCGAGAAGAUAACCGGUUCAUGGGAUGAAUUCAUGCAUUGUUUGAACGAACAACAGGAACGUAUUGCCGAGGAAAUUACCAAAAAGAUUAACCAGAUUUAUGCACCAUUUGAAGUGGACCACGGCCUGACUUCCACCUCCCAAACCAUCCUUCUGAAGGGCAUGCAGUUCCGGAAGGCAGCCAUCGUUGAGGCUUUCCAUCGGGCCUUCCAGGAAGCCAUGAAAGACGCAAAAAUCGUUAAGGACAGCAUGGUUAACUUCAAGGAUAACAAAACGGCGAUAAUCACAAAGUACAUGCUACCGGCCUACCAAUUCGCCAAUGCGCAGAGAGGCAAGGGAUGUGAUUCCCAGCGCAAAAGGCAUAUGGAGGACCAUAUCAAACCGGGAAACUCGAAGAACAGUGGCGUAAUCUGCAAGUUCAAAGUUCUUUCCCAAAGAGCAUGGUCCCAAGCUCUCAGGCCGCAUUUCAAAACACUCCAGCAAAAAGUCUCUGAGGUGGUCGACCAGGCGGUAUCUGAUUUGCAAGUAGUGGCUGGUGACCAGGGAAAGCUGCCAGAAGCCUGCGGUGACGUUACAACGGCAGGGGACGUUAUGGAACAGCUCAAGGUACUUGAGGAAGCGCUCAAUCACAUUCAAGGAGUCUUGCAUGAAUUGAAAGCAACCGGAAGUGAGGCAUAG